AUGGAGCCAAUUUUCAUCUCUCAAGAUCUGUGGGAUAUAGUCCAAGACGGCUAUGAAAGUCCACAGGAAGAUGAUGAAGACUCGAAGAAACGAUCAGGCAAGCAGACAAAGGAGUACAAGGAGAAUGCCAAGCAAAAUGCCAGUGCCUUGAGAAUCAUUCAGCAAGCAGUGAGCAAAUCAAUUUACCCCAGAAUCUAUGGCAUAAAAAAGGCCAAAGAAGCUUGGGAUGUCUUGCGUGAACAAGUUCAAGGUUCUGAAAAGGCGAUCUCCAUCAGGCGACAAAGUUUAUGGCUCCAGUUCGACAACUUGAUGAUGAAGGAAACUGACACCAUCAAAGACUUCCACUCGCGUGUUACGGAGACAGUCAACCAGAUCAAAGCCACUGGUGACGUCAUGGAAGAAAGGAAGGUCGUGGAGAGAAUUCUCCGGAGCCUAUCAUCGAAGUUUGAACACAUUGUUGCUGUCAUAGAGGAAACCAAAGAUUUGGCAAAUCUGUCAAUGAGCGAGUUGAUGGGCUCACUUGUAGCACAUGAGCAAAGAAUGAGCCGAUUCACCAAACCGCCAUUGGAGCAAGCUUUCUCGUCAAAAGUCAACAUGACGGAAAGUAAAUAUGCAAAAUCGGAGCAAGGCCGGAGAGGGGGAAACUCACAAUGGAGAGGAAGAGGAAGAUCCAAUUACAGUGGAAACAAAAGGCAAAAUUAUCAACAGCAAAAAUUGGGCUACACUGGCUCGAGUUGCAUAAUUUGCAAAAAGGCGGGUCAUGCAACAAAAGACUGCAGAUACAAGUGCAAAAUUCAAAACCACUCCCAGAGAGAUUGCUGGUUCCAGAACAAGCAAGAAGAAGGCGAGUCAAGCGGCACCAAAAAUGAAGAAAGUAAUAUGGUGGUCUUAUCAUGUUUGAAUGGUGAGCAAAAAUUACAGCUUCCCUGGAUGGUGGAUAGUGGUUGUAGUAACCACAUGAAUGGAGAUGUGGAGUCCUUCGCCGAUAUCGAUGACCAAUAUCGCUCUCAAGUCAAAUUGGGAGACGGAAAGAAGCUAAAAGUGGAAGGAAAAGGCACAGUUGUUGUAUGCACAGAAGAAGGCAACAACACUCUCAUUCGAGAUUUUUUGUAUGUUUCGGAGCUAACUCUCAAUCUACUUAGCGUGGGACAACUGAUGCUGAAAAAUUACAAGCUAUUGUUUGAUAAUGGCGUGUGCGAGAGUAUCAACAAAACUGGCAAUUUCAUGGUGGUUAAAUUUCUGAUGACUUCCAACAGAAUUUUCUCUCUUGCUAUGUCACAAAAUGGUGAAGUAGCAUUCAAGAGUGAAAAUCUUGAUCAAUCCUUCCUAUGGCAUCUCAGAUACGGUCAUCUCAACUUCAAAGGCCUCAAAUUGUCGAGGCAGAAAAAUAUGGUGGCGGGACUUCCCUAG